GUACUGGACGCAAACUUUCGAGAUUUGGCAUGUUGAAAGAAAGUAUCUGCUAUAUAAUAUUCUUUCUCUCAAUUAUGGUUUGGUUAUUAAUAUUCAUUGAUGUAGUUGUUGGUGACUUUUACUUGGUAUUAUAUAAGUCCAUAUCUCAGUUGACUUUAUUAUUUAUGUUAGUGUUGAUAUUAUUUGAAGGAUUUACUAUGAAACGGGUUUGAUUGAUAUUCAGUGAAUUACAAUGAUAGCUUCUUUUCUAUCAUGUAUUAACUUAGUACAGUCUAAUUGAGUUAUUUUUGGCAUUUAUCCCUUAAGAAUGAAACAUAGACAUUUUCAAAUGUCUUUAAUUUGGACUAUUCAAUAUUUAAUGCAGGAGCUACGGGUGAGUAGUGGGUUCCGAGGCAUUGCAUUAAGCCCUGUUGGGAGUCAGUGCAUCUCAAAAGAAGAUUACAGCUUGAUAAAGGGGAAAGGCUUAGCUGUUGUUGAUUGCUCUUGGGCACGCUUGGGGGAUGUACCAUUUGUGAAGCUGCGUUGUACUGCUCCUCGCCUGUUACCAUGGCUGGUAGCAGCAAAUCCUGUAAAUUAUGGUCGACCUUGUCAGCUGUCUUGUGUGGAGGCAUUAGCUGCAGCUUUAAUAAUAUGUGGGGAACGGGAAACAGCGGAUUUGUUACUAGGCAAGUUCAAAUGGGGUCAUUCAUUUCUGUCUCUCAACAGGGAACUGCUGAAGGCAUACUCCGAAUGUGAAAACAGUGCUGCUAUAAUUUUGGUCCAAAAUUCUUGGCUUUCCCAGCAAAGUCAGGUUCCAAAAGUUCCUCCAGAAGUAGAAGAGGCAGACGCCAAUAAAGACGAAGCCUCUUCUAAUGACUCCGAAGAUGGGCUUCCUCCGCUUGAAAAGAACAUGAAUCAUGUGAACUUUCAGGAAAGUGACGAUGACUCUGAAGAUGGACUUCCUCCACUCGAAAAGAACAUGAACCAUUUGCAUAUACAGGAAAGUGACGAAGAAAGUGAGUAAAGAAGAAUACACACACAGUGACAUAGGAAGAUGAAGAUAAAGGAGCCUAUAAAUCCCAAUGCCUAGGAAUGCACAGGGAGGAUAUGUUUCUUGAAUUCAUUUAUCGACAUAUUUAUGUGGUCUGUAGCUUUGUUUCUUAUCGUGUAUUUAUAUCUAUAAGCAAUAUGAUUAUUUUUUUCCGGGCAUCCCCUUUGUUUCUGCAAGUAUGAAGAUUUGAUUAAAGAGUUUCUUGUUGAUUAGUUUAAGAGUAUGAAAUUUCAAUUUUGUUUUCAAGUGAAUAGGUUAAAGAGUAUGAACUAUGGUAGGGGAAUUUAUUCCCAU